UCUGAGAAAACUGUCGUCAGUACUCGACGCUUGAUUUCCGCUGGGCCGGAAGUCGACAGCAGUGCGGACUGUAAAAAAUAGUCAGUAAGCAAGAUCGCGAGAAGAGACCGGAAUGUUCCUCAUAAAGGAUCCAUUUGUAGUCAAGAACCACAGCGGUAAUAAUCAACCCGCAGACUUGUUUCUAAGAUAUGAAAGCUAAUCUGAUUACCAUUUGCGUACUGCAACUGUAUUUACAAGCUCUGAACAGCCUGCCAGCCCCUGUGAAUUUAAGUAUCCAUUCAGUGAAUUUUGAACACCUUCUCCGUUGGGAACCAGGACCAGGCACUCCCCUUGAUGCCACCUACAGAAUUAGUUUCAACAGCAAUAAGGGGUACCUUCCCCCCACCAGUAAUACAGAAAUGAACCUGACAGACUAUCUGGAGGAUGUCUAUUUGCAGUAUGAGAUUAUGGUCCAGGCGCUCCACAAUGGGAUGGUGUCUCCCUGGAGCUCCAAGACCUUUACACCUUGGACUGACACUGUUCUUGGACCUCCUGAGUUGUCUGUGGUGGGCUGUGGCAAUUGUCUUCAACUGGCCAUAAAAUUCCCCAGAAGAAAAGAAAAAAGUCUAACUGAGAAAAUAUACAAUGCACUCGAAUUUACCAUUUUUCUUAAUAAAUCAGAACAACAGACCAUACUGGACAGGACCUCACAAUGGAAUUACACGCUCGGUGACUUGCAGCCUGGAGCAGAGUACUGUGUGCAAGUUCACCCGUCACUGGGCUACAAGCAGUAUUCGCCUUCUGGCUGGACAUGUGCGUUUACGAGCCCUGUCGCUCAGAGCAGAGUUCCAGGUCUCUUGGUGCUAUUCGUUAUAGUGCUGUUUCUGGGAGGACUUGUUAUCCUAGGCCUCAUCUACACUGGUCACCUCUGUAACCCGAAAACGCGCCAUCCCAGGGUCCUGACCUCCUUGCCGAAGGCCUACUUUAUGGAAGAUUCUAUAGUACUAUUCCCAGACCCUGUAAGAUUUGAAAUAGGAAGGUCAAGAAAAAGCAUAACAGAAGAGCUGCAGCCAUUUAAAGCAAGCUAUCAGGAGAAGAUGGAACAGAGAAAUCAUUAUGAGGAAAGAGCUAUGAGACACUCCAGUAUAUCAAGCUCCAGCAAGGUGUCCCACAGUGCAGAUUUCAAGACUUCCAUAACCACCAUUGCUCCACAGUAUUCUGGUACCUCAAGUACAACAGCAUCAGAAAUACAAGAAGCUCCUCUGCUCUCAGUACUUUUGCUGGAAGGAGAACUUGUGAAUGAAAAUGAGGGUUGCAUGGAGAAUGAUGUGGAGGAGGAGCUAGAGCAAGGCUGUACAGAUGUGAACCUGCUAUCUGUGACACUGGGCGCACUGGAAGAUCUGGGUACAGAGGACAGUGAGCAGACAGAGAGUAUCCUGAAUGAGAGACACUUAGUGAUCAUUCCGGACUUACAUCAGCCCUUUGUGCCCAUCGGCCUCCCAGAGAGUUUGCUGGGACAGAGCCCUAAGGCGCUACAGAGGAACACUUCAGUAGCACAAGGGCACUGUGGGCAUGUUCUCACUGACUGCUCGCUAAGAACCUUUGCAAAAGGGUACAUCGGAUCUACACAAGAGAAGGAGGAAGGCGAGGGGACAAAUGAGGAUGACGAUGGGCAGUGUUCAGGCUACAUGCAACGGUAGCUCUCAAGGCACAAGCUAAGUUUCUCUCCAUGUUCAGUACAUGCAGCCAUGAGUAUUGCCUUCAAGCAACUGAAUGAGAUGUAAAGUUUAAGGGAAAUUUAUGACCUCAUUUUUUCCAGGACAGCACGCUAUGUGCAAUAUACGCUAUAUAUGCAUUCCGUAUUUGUAUUCAACAGAAUACUUUUUCUCAUCCUUUUUGUCUUUUGUCAUGCCAUCAGGAUCAUUUUGUUGUAUAUGUUCUAAUGACCAAAUUAUCAUUUAUCAUUAUUUUCUGAGUUUGCAGAAAAUAUUCAGGCUACAUGCAACAGUAGCUCUCAAGACACAAGUUUCUCUUCAUGUUCAGUAUAUGCAGCCAUGCGUAUUGCCUUUAAGCAACUGAAUGAGAAACAUUGGUUUAUCUACCUCUGCCUUACAUUGUAAUUAAAAAUGUUACCCCUUAAUUCAGUAAUUUAAAAGUAAAUAAUGUUUCAUGAGGUCGUUGAAUGCAUAAAGAAAUACAGCAUGUCAGAGAAGGCAUGGUAUAUUAUUUUGUUGUUUUAGUGGUGGAAGUGUGUAAACAGAUGAGUUUCAUAAAAAAAAAUGUUUCGUGAAAAAUGUUUCAACAAAUUUGUUACUGCUCUACAAAUAUCAAAUUAUCAGGUUGGGGCAACAUAAAUAUUCAUAUUUUGACAAUAAAUGAAACCGUGAAGCCUACACAUGAUGCCAACGUGUGAAGUCUAUUAGUGAAGCAGAGUCCAGUGCAAGAAAGAGGGGAGAAGACCUGAAGUGAACAUCAGAGAAGCAAGACAUGCUCCAGACAUCAAUCCCUUAACAUCAAACUUCCAGAGAUUCCUUCCACAUCCAAAUGAACCAAAUUUAAUUAAUUUGAUAAUGUAACCUGUGCUGUUUCAUCUGGGUUGCGCUAUUAAGAUCCUGUGCUUGCUGUUCAGAACAAUAUUUCCAUUUAAGGGUACCCAUUUAAACCUGAUCAUUGCCUGUCCAUAUUUCAAUCUGUUGGCUGCUGUCCCACCCCUGUUUUUGCUUGCCAGGUAAAUAAAGACAUGGAAAUA